AUGAGUAGAACCAAUAUACUUUCCAGUUUUAUUGCUGUAAGAGACACCUUUUUCUUGGAAGUCAGCAUUGGUAUCACAGCUAAUGCCUUCCUACUUCUCUUCCACGUCCUCUCCUUUCUGAUGCACAGGGCCAAGUCCACUAGCUUGACCAUUGGGCACCUGGCCCUCAACCACCUGGUGAUGCUGAUCACCAUAGGGUUCAUAGCCACAGACAUUUUUGAGUCUCAGGAGUUAUGGGACGACAUCACAUGUAAAGCUGUCAUCUACUCAUACCAGGUGAUGCGAAGCCUCUCCCUGUGUAACACCUGCCUGCUGAGCGUCCUCCAGGCCAUCACUCUCAGCCCCAGGAGCUCCUGUUUGGCAAAGUUCAAGCACACAUCCUCACAGCACAACAUCUGUGGUUUUAUCUUCCUAUGGGUCUUCAAUCUGUCCAUCAGUGCACAUUUCUUACUCUCUACUGUUGCCACCACAAAUCGUACGUCCCACAGUCUGGUAUUUGUCACUAAAUCCUGCUCUCUUUGGCCCCUGAGCUACUUACCCAGGUACACAAUUUCCAUGUUAGGCAUCUUCAGGGAUGUCUUCCUUAUAGGGCUCAUGGCCGUCUCAAGUGGAUACAUGGUGACUCUUCUGUGCAGACACAAGAGGAGGUCCCAGCACCUUCACAAAACCAGCCUUUCUCCAAGAGCCUCCCCAGAGCAAAGGGCAAACAAGACCAUCCUGCUGCUCAUGAGCAUCUUUGUGUUCCUGUACUUGAUGGACUGCAUUGUGUUCUCAUUCUCAGGGCUGUGGUGGAAAAAUGACCCAGUUCACCUCUGUGUCCAGAUGUUAGUAGGCAAUGGCUAUCCCACCAUUGGUCCUUUGGUGCUCCUCAGCAGUGAAAGACGAAUGAUCCAGUUUUUCAUAUCCAUGUGGGAGAAGGGAAGUAAGUGUUUAAAUGUUCACUGA